CAGUCUGUCUUCUCCACCGUAGCUGUUAGGUUGUAGUCGUCGGUAGUUUUCCUCCGCUCGCUAACUCGGUAGUGUUUGAGAUAGGUUCCCUUUGCUCUCGUACUUCACGUAAACUUUAAUCUCGAUUAUCGAUUAUUAAUGCAUGGAACGGUUAUCGUAUGGCAAUCGAGCUUCCGCUGUAACAUGUUGUGAGUGUUUUUCUGUUAAAUUGUGAAGAGGAAAAUCGGAAGGUGAUCUUAAGAUCUUCUCGCGUGUUAAGAAGAGGUGACACAUCAAGCGGUAGCAGAAAAUCGUUGAUGGGGCAGAUAUUCGUUUGCUGCAGAAGAAGCAGAAGUGAAGUGUAUACGCCCAAUUAGGGAUAAUGGUGUUCUUCUGCGUUCCCAUGCUGUUCAUUUGAAUAUUCAAAAUCCUGUGUGGACAUGUUAGCAUAGUUAGGGUUAUAGUGUAAUAGCGCAAAACCACUGGGGCUAAUUAGUCGAUUGAUGUGAGAUCAUAAAAGAUUCCACGAAUUGGCGACUGUGACCGUGGAAAGGUGGCAACGUGAAGUGUGUUGGAAUGGUUUAUAUUAUUUUUUGAUAAGGCCGAAUAACAACAUUCUCUCUGUGGGACGGAAGCUUUAUCAGUCAGCGGAGAGUUCACAGUGCAGUGAAAAACAGCGGCUAGUUUAAAAAACUGCAUCUACCAUGUCAUCGUGUCUCACCGAGGACCCGGAUAAACUAUUGAACGAAUGGCUUGGAGAGUUGGAAAAUCUGAUCGGGGGUCUAGAGAUCUCCAAUCCAGCUGUUACAUCUACGGUCGCUAAACUGCGACCGAAAAGCAAUCUAUCAACCGAACGCACCGACUCUUACCGAUUCUCGAUGGCAAACUUGGAGGAAACACACGAAGCGGAACUCGACGCCAUCUUGGGAGAGCUGAGCCUGCUGGAACAACGGGGAGAGCUCCGUCAAGGCCGAAGUCACAGUCGGACCAAUUCGACUAUUUCGGCAGCCACAAAUGCGACCAUUUCGUCGGAAAGUGGUUGCAGUAGUGUUCCCGAUAGCACUGCCAGUAUAAGCUCGCUGCGGGAACCACGAACAGACAGCCCGGACAAUGAUUCAGCAUUCAGUGACACCGUUUCACUCAUGUCCAGUGAAUCGUCAGCGUCCAGCAGCGUCAGUUCACACCUGAAAAAUCUGCAGCAAAACGUCGCGAAUGCGGUCGAGUCCGGUAAACAGGCAAAGAUUCAUCUGGCACUGCAGAAACUGGAACAGGCCACCGUGAGACGAUUGUUCGUGAAAGCGUUCUCUGCUGAUGGUGCAUCCAAGUCCUUGUUGGUUGACGAAACGAUGACCUGCGGGCACGUCACGCGGCUGCUAGCCGACAAAAAUCACGUCCAAAUGGAACCAAAUUGGGCCAUUGUAGAGCAUUUGCCCGAACACCAGAUGGAACGAUUGUUUGAAGAUCAUGAGCUGCUGGUCGACAAUUUGAUGCUGUGGAGUAGGGAUUCCAAGAAUCGAGUAAUGUUCCUUAAACGACCAGACAAAACGUCACUUUACAAAACACCUGAAUUGUUUCUUCCGGGAACUCAGAUGGCUCCUGGCAGCGACCAUGACGAGCAUACCCGAGCGAUGCUCCUGGACGAGUUUUUCUCCGGGAACAACCAGAUCCCGCUGGAGGGUCCCCUAUAUCUGAAGAGCGACUCCAAGAAGGGCUGGAAGAAAUAUCACUUCGUUUUGAGAGCAUCGGGCCUGCACUAUUAUCCCAAGGAGCAGAAAACGCGCUCCGUGAAGGAUUUGCUGUGUUUGGCUCUGUUUGCUGGUCACGAAGUCUAUCGGGGAGUUGGAUGGAAAAAGAAGCAUAAAGCUCCAACGGAUUUCACGUUUGCGUUACGCUGUCCUAAGGUGCCCCCAGGCGCCAAGGGUAUCCGUUCAGUGAAGAUGCUGUGUGCAGAGGACGCAGCAACGUUGGAGACGUGGGUGACGGCCAUUCGAGUGACGAAGUACGGUAAAAAGCUCCUAGAUAACCAUCGAUCGUUGACGGAAGAUCUUGCUCGUGAAGAACUAGACAAGCUGUCAUCGGCUCGUAGUGGUUCCAUGGGUAGCAUUGUAUCUUCCGUUCCAUCGCAGUGUAGUGGAAGUAGCAGUAACAGCAGUGGAAGUGGCACAAAUCAUCUAGUUCCUGCUCACAACAACGGUCGGUUGUCUCGUGCAUCCAGUUCUAGUUCAAGUGGUUGCCUAUCUGAUGAAAAUAACGGUUUUGAUUCGGAGUUUCCCACUGGAACGAUCAAGCGGAAACCAUCAAUGAAGCCAAAUUUACCUUUGACAUCCAUGACGAGACAAUUGAAAGAAGUCGGAGAAACAACACGGUUGAAUGAUUCCUCACCAACGUCACCGGAGCGGGGUGGUACCUUAACAAGACGUCACAGCCGGAGAAGAAGUGAGGAAAGCAACAACAGUGGAACUCUUAAGCGAAGACCAAUGAAUAACCGAGGAUCGGUAGAAAGCAUGAGCUCAUCAGCCUCAACUCCAACACCGACACCGACCAAUAGCGUUCCCGGAACUCCGGUGAUCCAACAACAGAUGCCAACACUAGUUCUUAGUAGCAAUUUAGUAAAAAAUAGUUUGACCAUUCUCCAGCAGGAGAAUGUAAGUCCUCCAACGCCAACGAAAACGAUCACUCCACUGGAAGCGAUGCCUUCGUGUAUGACAGACUCCACAUUUUCGCUGCCUCCACCGCCAGAUGAUCUUGGUACAAACUUCUCAGGUUCUACAUUAUCGCUAGAUUCGCUCCCCCCGCCACCACCACCAAACGAGUUAGAUAAUAGUUUCAGUGGAUCUCAGUUGUCAUUAGUUAGUGUCCAAAUGCCGCCACCACCACCACCAAACGUAGUAUCUGCAGAACCUAUGGUGGAGGACAUCAACAUGAUUUACCAACAAACAGCAGGAAUAUCAUCUGCUAUGGCUCCCUCAACAUCAUCGACAUCUACACCGCAGAGCGUAACUCCAACAAAUGAGAAUCUCGAAGUUACUAAUAGCAUUAAACAAUCAAUUAUGAUGUUCAACAGUCAAACGCUGCCAACUCCGGUAAUCAGCAACGGCAAUAAUAACGUUAAAGUCGAACCGAUAUACUCAAAGACUUUGAAACCAUCCGUUUUGAAAGCUCCACCGUAUAAAGCUCCUCCACCGUAUAACGGAGAUGUUUCAACGGCACAGACUCCUCCUCCACCGCCAGCUAAAAGUGUAUCAUUCGCCGAAUCACCUGUGCUACUGAGGCGGAAGGUUUGUUUCGAGGACGAAGUUCAAGAGGUUCCGAUUUCACCUCGCAGAGCUUCGCGCGAUAUAUAUUCCGCUCCUCCUGCGCCUCCUCCUAGGGCCGAAGCUACUCGCUUAUCUACUUCGUACACAUCUCCAAAGCGUUUGAGUGAUUCGGCAUCGAAUCCCCCGCGGGAUUUCCUCAAAGACUUGCAAAGGGUUAUGAACAAAAAAUGGCAGAUUGCUCAAAAAUGUAAACUGGAACCGGCCACAACUCCACACGAGGUGCUCGGUUUUCGGGAUCUGCCAGCAGAACAAUAUUCAUCGCAUUACUACAGGGAAUCGUCUAACGUAAGCCACUGGGUUCAGGAACACUACGGUUCCGAUUGCAUGUAUGAAAACCUGGGAAGUAAUAUGGGCGUCGAACCUGCUUACCCGAUUUCGGCUCCAGUGGUUGGUGCUGGGCCAAUCAAGAAGAGGCCUCCACCACCUCCGCCGAAGCGAAGUGAAAAGACACAGCUCACGACUACGGCGCCACAUCAAAGGUUAUAAGAUUGGGCCUUUCUCGGAUUCUCCAACUGUUUGGUGACGGUAAGGAGGACCGUUCGUUGUGAACGAAUUACCAAUGGGUCUUCAUGCAAUGUUAGUGAAGUGUAAAUAGAGAUAUUGUAGUUGAACUGGAGAGAAUCCAAUUCAAAAUACGAUUUGGCUUAAAAAAGAGAAGAAAGAGACUGGGAUUAGUCACAAUAUGACUUGGGAGAUAGUCAAAAGCGAGAAUAAAUACGAAAAAUCGCCGCCAUACAUGCGUAGAUAUAUGCUGGGCAUGAUAUUGCCAAAACUCGAUGAAAAGAGAGUUUGUAAUUGUGAUGAGUUAUAUGGACCGUGACAUAAUUUAUUAUUCAAAGUAAUGCAAAUAUUAGAAUAAAGUACUCUAGAUUCAAUAUAUUUUACACAAACGACUCUCACAAUUUAAACCUAUACAUAAUAUAUAAGUCUGCUUGUCUUAACCGAUUAUAUCGAUGAUUUUGCGCGGUUUUCUCUGUUAAAUUGACUAAUCACGGACUAGGGAAUACUAUGCAUACAUGUCAAUCACCAUACAAUCGACACACUAAAUUGAAUCGAUAACUAUUAAAUGAAAACUAGACGUAAAUUUUGGCUAUAUGUGUAUAUUAUCUGUUUUUCUUUUGUUCAAAGUUUCGUGGAGCUUAGUUUUCAUAAAAUGUAUGUAACAUAUAUUAUUGAUUUGAGAAGAAAACUAUUUUAUACAAGUUAAUGUGCCAUAGGCUGACUUUAUGAACAAAAAUCUAUCGUAAAAUACAGAUAUUUAUUGUUGUACUAUUCGAGGUAGAUUGUAAUACACGUUUUGUUCUAUUCUUCUCAAUAGAUCAGUUAGUUCGAACCUUUAUUCGAUUGGCACUCUAGUACUAAACGAGCUCAUUUGUUAAGUGUUUUAGGUUCGAGAAUGGUGCGCUGAAUCACAUCAACACGAAAUCAUCCAUUUUACAAUGCAGCUAGCGAAUAACGACCGUGGAACAAGAUUUAUGCACUGGCAAAGGUAGUUUAUAUGACGUAGGAUUUAUCUGGAAAACAAUAACUAUACGCGAUGAAAUUUUACAUCAAAUAUUAUACACAUGCAAUUUUGGAAUAAAAGGUUUUGUACUGUCCACGUAUUGGACUUUAAAAUAUACAGAAAAUAUUAAUAAAAAUUGGUGCUUUCAAACAUAAUAAAGAAAACUACUAUGAACACAAUAGAAUACAAUAUAAAAGCUAGCAAACAAACAUCAACUUAAAGAGCCAACCGCUAUAUGUUGCUUAUACUGUGGAGUAAGGACGAAAAGUAAUUCUUAACCAUCGGAUACUCUCAACCACAUAGAAAAAACUGAAACAAAUGCCAAUGUGUAAAACUGAACUUCCUUCGUCAACUUUUAAUCGGAUUAUUCUAGAGCAAAGCGAGUUAAGCCGCUUUUUUAAUUCUACACGCUACACAACUGAAAACACUAACUAGUACCAUUAGGAGCGAGCGCAUGUAGGUAACAAACACAACAACAAAAAAAAUCAAAUGAAUGCCGUCUCGACUACUUUAAGUUCAAUCACACUAUCAAAUGAUGCCACUGAUAUCAGAGAACGAACUGAGCCCAUAACCUCAGCAGAUCGUGCGCAAACAAUGCCAAUAAUAGAAGAGAGAACACUGUGGAAUGCUAACUGGACGAAAGCGAGGAAUGAGAAAAGCUGAACGAGAGCGAGUUGUGAUGAGAAUUCAAUUUUUAUGAAUUUAUCAUUGAAACUAUCUAUAUUCGUAAAAAUAUUUCGCAAUCCUAUCUCUAUUGUAACGAAUGCGGAACGAUUAAAAGUACGUCAAAUAAAUAUGGAAAAUCAAAA